CAGUGAAUGAAGAUGAGGUGCAAAGGUUGGAUUAUUCAUGAAUAAUCAAAAUGUGAGAUUAUUGAAAGAAGACCGCUAAAAGGUUGGAUUAUUAAUUUCCAUUUUCCUUAUUCUUGAUCGUAUAUCUAAGCUUAUUUCCCACUAUCUUUUGACACAAACAUCGUUUCCGAGUUGAUUUCCGAGCGAACUCCGAUUCACUGGUGUAGGUUGGUGUUUAUAGACAACUAUGGAAUCUAACAGGGGGCCCCACAGUGGAGGAAUUCAUCUUUUGUUAGCUGCAGAGAAAGAAGCUCAGCAAGUUGUCACUGCUGCCAGGGCCACGAAACAGGCGAGACUGAAACAGGCAAAGGAAGAAGCUGAGAAAGAGAUAGCAGAGUUUCGGGCUAAUUUGGAAGCUGCAUUUCAGAAUAAAGUAUCCCAGAGUAGCGGUGACUCGGGUGCAAAUGUGAAGCGUCUUGAACACGAAACGGAGGAAAAGAUCCAGCAUUUAAACAUGGACACUAAAAGAAUCUCACACAGUGUUGUCCAGAUGCUUCUGAGGCAUGCUACCACGGUGGCUAACUGAUUGUUUUCCUCUUAAUAUGGUACUGAUUGAAUAAAGAAUUGUCAUCUUUUGUUAAUUGUUUGUUAAUUGUGCCACAAAUAAAUGCAAUUUGGAUAUUUCAGAGAGUAGGUGAAUUGAGUUCCGCUGUAGCAUAAUAAGGUUCGUGAUUUGUUUGAAUAGAUAUAGCCAUAAAAUUAAUAAGCAUAUACUCCGUAUUUUAUAUAAGAAAUCUAAGUCUUUGUGUUUCGGGAGAUU